CUUUACCUGCUGAACGCGCGCACCGGCCACCGAAUCAUAUAUCGCCGUUGCGUACCACGAUGGCGACUUUACUCGGUUUCUCGAGACUCUUUAGUUAUGUGACGAGUAAUUGUCUGAGAAGAGUGGCACCGAUCGCGAUUUGCAAGCAAUAUUAUCCCGCAUUAAGAUUGUGGGAGAUACCAAUAGCAGGAUAUCGGACAUUUAAACCACCAUAUAUGAGAUCAGUUCCGGAUUAUCAAACAGAAAUACAAGAGUGGGAUGAAGAAAGAGAGAAAAUAUGUACCGAUGUAACAAAUGAAAUCAACAAUCAGAUUGCAAGCGACAUGACCGGCCGUAUGUUCGCAAUUGUGCAAGUAUGUGGAAAACAGUUUAAGGUAACGGAACACGACAUUAUAAUUAUUGAAGGAUUCUGGCCACCAAACAUAGGCGAUAAGCUGAAACUGGAGAAAGUAUUGCUGGUUGGCAGUAAAGACUUUACCCUCAUAGGCAGACCAAUCCUGAAUAGAGAAUUGGUUUCUAUCGACGCAACGGUUAUAGAGAAAACUCUGUCCCACACAAAAACUCGGUUCAGAUUUCGACCAAGAAAACAGUAUCGUCGUAUAAAUUUCUACAGAAUACAGCACACAAUGCUGCGGAUUAAUUCCAUAAGGAUAAACAGCAACAUUGACGAGAAGAAAGAAGUGGAAGGAUUAGAUAGAAUAUAUUAACAUCUGUAUAUGUAUAUAUAUAUAUAUUAAUAAAAGCAAUACGCCUAAACAUAUCCUCUAAGUAUCAGAAUAGAAGAUCGAUGAUCCGAAAUCCCGCAAUCCUGACUUUUGGUUCAAUGACAUCGCGGAAGCAUGCGCCUGUGGACAGUGUGGACUAUAGACACGCGAGGCGAUGUGUAGGAUCCGCGGUGGGGUGGAUGGCUUCGGCGAGUGGAGCGGAGCGGUGACGACGACGUCGGCAGUGACGGGAGCAGCGUCGCGCGGCGCGGUCGAUCGUGUUUCGUUUCUUCGGCAGGAGAGAAAAACGAUCGGCAGCUUUCAUUUACGCCGCCACGAGACGGCAAUUUCUAAGGAUUUAUACGCGCGACACGCACUCCGCACUUUCCGAGACACGGAAGUAUCUCGCGCGGAAUUUUUUUUCUAUUUUUUGGAAGAUUCGGUGAAAAGAACGUUUUCCACCGUUGGCACGCAUGCCAGGCACUAAACGUACUCUUUCUCUUUUGCUGUCAGCCUGUUCCCUCAGCACCGAAGGUACCCGGCACCGAAGGAGAGCGGGAGUCUCGUGG